CGGAUUCAUCCCCCUGAUCUCAUUCCGGCCAGCGAAGCUUCGGCAAAAUCCAAGACGUACCUUGUCUCACUUCUCAGCCACCGUCGUUUCUCCUUCUCCACCUCCAUCGCCGGCUGACGGCUGUUAUUGGCGAAACCAGGUGCCACCGAAACUCUAUCUGCGACCAGCCGUUGACUAAUUUUUCUGCGAAGAUUGGCAACUUGCUAGCUGUUACCUAUUUAAGCUAAUUAUCCGAGUGACUUCAGAUACGAAGAUGCCUUACGAAAUAACUGAGCAAACGAAGGUUGGUGCGGGUCUUAUUGGUUUCGGUAUCUUAUUCUCAUUUCUUGGCAUAAUUCUUUUCUUUGACCGGGGUUUGCUUGCUCUGGGGAAUAUAUUUUGCUUAACAGGGGUAGCAAUUUUGCUUGGUUGGUAUUCUACUUUGCAGCUGUUUACCAGUAGAAGAAACUACAAGGGUACUGCUUCUUUUAUUCUUGGACUUUUCUUCAUAUUUGUUCGUUGGCCAAUAGUUGGCAUAAUCUUGGAAUUAUAUGGGUGCUUUGUUCUCUUUGGUGGCUUUUGGUCAUCUGUCAAGGUUUUCCUCUAUCAUAUUCCUGUUAUUGGAUGGGUUAUCAUGCUCUUAGAUCGCAUGUUAGGAGGCUCUAAUUAAACACAAGUUGGUAAGGUAAUGUUUAAACAUGAUUACAUUCUAAUCUUCUGUUAACUUCAGAAACUUAAAGCUGCUGGUAAACAAUAUUUUCUCUUAGCAGUUCAUCAAUUGAUCACCAGAAGAGAAAAGCCCUCUGAUUUCCGCUCUAGCCAUGGCAGCUGAUGAUGGUAGUAAAAUUUUUGACAUUUCCUCUGGGAUGCUAUCAAAGUUUUUAGUUUCUUGCCACAUGGAUGUUUAUAAUGUGUCUGUUAUCUCAAAACCGAAGCCUUGCUUGUCAUAUCAUGGAACUUAAUCUCCGCGGCUCUACAACACUGUUCUACCAGGUCUCUUAUUAACCUUUCAGUUUAGUUGUGUAACAUUCCUUUCAGAUUUUUUUUUUUCCCAUGCAAACCUUGCAACACUUUUCUUCUACUGAAUCCUUAGUAUGAACGAGGAACAUCAUUUAUAUCUCAAACAGUUUGGUGUAUUGGAGUCUAAAUUAUAAAAUGCCAACUGUUUGACUGAAGGGUUGCACCCAUUAUCAAGGACCCCUCAUCAUCCAAUGGUUAUUAUCACUUGGCGAGGCAUGUGAAACGAUCCACUCGAUUGAUGGUAAGUGGCCAUUGAAAACCUUCUGUCAGAUAAAAAUGGUAAGGAACAGCUCGCCCCAAAAUAUAAUGGUGAGUGAAACUCAAUAUUUUAUUCCUUCAUCAUUUUUCCUAAGGUGAUGAUAUGGAGGAUAAAUAUACAGGACGAUUUUAUGGGACCAAUGACAUGGUUUGUUGAUUGUUUGUUAUAUGGAAUCCUUUUUGAAAUAAUACUUUGCUAAGAUG